GGGAACCUUUUUUUUGCGAAUCGUGGGAAAAUGAAAACCGUUAAAAUCGCAAAAAUUAGAACCCGCAAAAAAUUUAGUGCCACACGGUAGUGCAUACCUGUGAAGCAACAUGUGAAACUGACAAAAGAUUUCCAAAAGUUUUUCACACCGUCUAAAACUCACAGCUGGCGUAUUUCUUUUCAAUGCACUUUUCACAUGGUAAAAUAUUUCACGUGUCUCACAUGACUUUUCACAUAAUUGGCACAUGGUUUAACGCUCUGGUAGUGUAACGUAAGCACGUAUUCUCUCAGAUUCCUAACUGAAAUUUUUGUUUUCUGGGAGUGGCCGACUGGACCCGUUUUCUUGUUACACGCAAAAUGGUUUACCUGAUUUUGUACGUAGCAGGUGCCUUGGUUGUGCUAUCGUUACUCGUGGUAUGUGUUUUUGCGGUAUACUUGCUUCAUACAAGACGUAAAUUUGCCCACAUCCCAAGUCCACCGAUGCCAAGUUUUUUUCUGGGCCAUGUGAAUGACAUAGUUUCAUAUCGUCAGAGUGGACGGAACACUCAGUACAAAUUUCUUCAAUGGAGUAUGGAUUAUGGCAAGGUGGUACUUGUUUGGUUAGCACAUAAGCCGUUUGUUAUAGUGUCUGAUCCAGAGAUUAUAAAGGACAUUCUCAUUCUGAACGAUCUUCCAAAACAUCCUUUAAUGUAUGCAGAUGCUAGCUACAUCUAUGGACAAAGAUUUCUUGGUGAUGGAAUUUCACUCACCGCGGACGUUAAGUCCUGGCAGAAAAGACGUGACGCUUUCGGACCAGCUUUCCAUCGCAAGUGCCUUAAAGAAUAUAUGAGUUCUUUCAAUUCCACUGCCAAUAUUUUACUUGAACAUCUUGGCACAAUGGCUGACGGAAAAACAAAAGUUUGUAUGUAUGAUCAGUUAUACCAAGCAGCAUUAGAUGUCAUUUGUAAGGUUGGCUUUGGAAUGGACAUGGACAUUAUCAGUGGGAAGAACACUGAAUUUACUGAGGCCAUUUCACUGACUCUUGUUGGAAUACACGUGGCAAUCUUUGAACAACCAUUUCACAAGUGGAAUGUUUUUCAGUACCCUUUUCAGCGGCGUGUUAUCAAGGCAGUCCAGUUCUUGCGUGAAACAGGAAGGAAAGUAAUUGAAGAGAGAAAGAAUGCAAUGAACGAGGGAGAAGAGGUCCCUGAUGAUAUAUUACAACAUAUUAUUGAGCAGCAAGGUUUGUAAGCUCCGGUCGUCAAAUUCCGAAGUAGCGUCUCCCGAAGGUAGCCAACUCACCCUACUCCCCCGAAAACGUGAGAUCCAUGUUCAAUAGUAUAUUUAUAUUUCUAAUCAAUAGUCAAGUGGAGGUUACUUACGGUAACUUGAUAUUGAUAAUUAAGGCACUCUUCAACAAGGGAAAUUAUCGCUUAUGCCAAAAAGCGUCGUAGAAUUUUCAUCAAAUAACAGAAACGCACUAAAAUGGACUUUUCUUAAAGGUGAAAUGGAAAACUCUGUAUCAUUUUCAACGGGAGUGUAUUAAAAUUAAAAACCUUUCUUUAAAUUAAAACUAAAAACUCGACCAGCGCUCUGAGAUAUGACAAUUAUUGAAACGGCAGGCUUACGUAGCAGUGCGUCAUGAAGUAAAAACAAUUUACUGUAUCUGACUUGCUUUCAUACCGACCACUGACAACACGGUCUAGACGUGAAGAGCCCACCCAGUUGUUGAUCUGAAAAACAUUUUUUUGUUAGACUGAGAGUAUUGACCCCAAAGAAGUCGAGCUUGCAUGGUGUGUAAACCAUUCAUAUACACGAAUAUUUCUUUCAGACCCAGUCACGUGCCACUACCUAAUUAUGAUGUCAUAUCGCGCCAAAAUAACGUCACAUGUAUCAAAAAGUGACCGAUCAGCUCUGAUUUAUGAUACUAUUGAAAUGCGAGAAAAUCCUCAAAGUUUAUAUGAAAAAUCGAAAAUCUAUAAUGAUACGAAAACCUACAAAUCGUGUAAUUAUCUCUUGACAAAAACCAAAACACAAUCUCACCAAAAUAGAAAAACGUAUGCUUAGUACAAAAACAGGGUUGCACAGUGUUGUCGUUGCCCUUUGUUUUGAUGCCCGGUUUCUCUUACUACGAUAAAUCUAGACAUAUAUCUGUACCUU